AUGGCGAAUGCUAUCACGCAAGUCUCAGAUGGUCCAUCACGGGGCAGCUUCCCACUUUGCUCUGAGCUCGCCGGAUUACCUAGUCCGACGGUCUCUAAUCCAUUCCCCUACCGCGACUCUUUUUCCAGUGUUCCCCGUGAAACCGAAAAGCUGGAGCUGCCGUCGAUUUCGCAGGUCCACACCCGCGGUCCUGCUGACAUCCCCUGGUACAACCCCCACGCCGCCGAACGACCGUUACUAUCAGGCGACAAACUCCCCGCGCUGAGCCUACCGACGGCUACCCAAAACCCAUCGCGUGUCUAUCAAGACGCCAGUGGGAGCUCUAGUGCCCGUACUAGUCUGUCCAGUGUCUCUGCGGUCCACGAGCCUCGGAGCCCACAGGCGGAUCUGGGCGCCCAGGGCAGGCUUUCGCUCGAUUCCGAGUAUAGUAUCGUGCCCAACGAGGCUUACUAUCCCAGCCCGACCUCUCUCGGCAGCAUGAACCAAGCGCCACCUUACAUGGAUGUCCAUUCCCAUAUGUCUUCCGCGCAACCAUACGCUUCACAGGCCGCCACUGCCGGCACAAUGCCUCAUUAUCCUUACCACCAGCAACCACCAGUAUUGCAGCCCGCAUCCAGUUAUGGCCCCCCGGCUUCAUAUCCUCAAUAUGGAUACCAUCACGGUGUAACAUCGCCCCCCACAGGGCAUCCGCCACCUCCAAGCUCGAUAACUGGACAAAUGCCGCCUCAAAUAUUGCCACUCCCAGGAGUUAACAACCACUCCGUUGCGGCUGGAUAUGGUAACAGUACCGGAUCGCCUCUGCAAGGUUAUGUUUACGACGCCACGGGUCAAGUCGCUCCUCCAGGAGCCAAACCACGGGUGACCGCUACUCUGUGGGAGGAUGAGGGUAGCCUUUGCUACCAGGUCGAAGCUAAAGGCGUCUGUGUUGCGAGACGAGAGGAUAACGCUAUGAUCAAUGGUACAAAACUGUUGAACGUCGCGGGAAUGACUCGUGGUCGCCGUGAUGGUAUUCUGAAGAGUGAGAAGUUGCGCCAUGUGGUGAAGAUUGGUCCCAUGCAUUUGAAGGGUGUCUGGAUUCCUUAUGAGCGCGCUUUGGAGUUUGCGAACAAGGAGAAGAUCACUGAUCUUUUGUAUCCGCUUUUUGUGCACAACAUUGGUGGCCUGCUGUAUCACCCAGCAAACCAGAACCGCACGAACAUGGUGGUUCAAGAAUCACAGCAGAGACGCAUGGAGGGACCAGCUGCAGCUGCGCAGCGUACUCCCACCGCACCGCAGCCCUCGGCAUUGCACCACCAAGCUAUGCAGACUCCCAUGUCCUCCCAGAUGUCGCAACCUCCUUCAAUUGGCGGACGUCCUGGGAUGGACCGAGCCUUUCCCACUCCCCCAGCCAGCGCAUCCAGCCUAAUGGGAGUGACUAACCAAGGCAGCUCAUAUGAAUGGGGUGGCCAAGGCAUGAACUCUGGAGUGCUUCACACCCAGCCACUAUCGAUUGACACUCAGCUGAGCAACCAACGUUCAAUGCCCACUACUCCAGCCACUACACCCCCAGGAAGCAACAUGCAGGGCAUGCCGCCUUACCAACCCCAGUCUGGCUAUGAUAGCUCCAAGCCAUACUACUCCGCACCGCCUCAAUCUCACUCCCAGUAUGCACCGCACACACCCAUGACGCAACCCGGAAUCUCUUCAUACGGCCAAUCUCUCCCACAAUCGCUUCCAAAUGUGAACUAUCUGAAGAGUGAGAUGGCACCGCCAACAGGUCGGGCUCCGGGCGCCCCCGAGUCUGAAACUCCCGAGUUGAAGUCUGACCGUUACUCCCAGAGCCACGGUGAUGAACCAGUUCCCCAACAGGAGCCUGAGUACUUGCAGGACCAAGGCGCGGCCUACGGAUCCAACCGCGGCUCCUACACGUAUACCACCAACCCAUCCGUUGGCUCUCUCACUGGAGAGCACUCUCAGUUGACUCCGGAGAUGACUGGCUCACCUCAACAGAACGGCUCAGGCCGCAUGACACCAAGAACUAGUGUCAGCGGCCCUCCACCUCAUUGGACCUCUGGAUAUAACACCCCUCCGCGUCCAUCGGCCGCUACUACUUUAUACAAUGCCGUCAGCGACACUCGCGGUACACCUGCAAAUGGAGACCCUUACUCCAUGGCAUCCAGCACAACACCAGUGUAUUCCACUGUGAAUGGAUCCCUUGGAGGUUCCGGCGGGAAGCGCAAGCGUGACGAUGACGAUAUCAUGUCCCGUGAAGGUGGUGGUGGUGAGUACGAAAUGAAGCGCCGCCAGACCCUUACCGACACUAGCAUUGGUGGUCCCGUUGGAGCUCCUAUCCUGCAGCCCAUGAAGACCGGCGCCCCAAUGCCUCGCCGCCGAUAA